AGUCUCGUCGCCUAGUAAUAUAUGGUAUAAAGCUCACUGUUGGUUGAGUGGACAAGUUAAUAAACAAAAUUGUCGCAUUUGGAAAGAUGACACACAGAGACAUUCUUGAAAUGUCCCGACCCUAGGCUGUACUUUUUUCCAACCUGAAUACACCAUUUCUUGUAUGAAUCUCCCUUAGAUAUUCUGGAAAUUAACCAUCUGCGACUGCGGUUUUUCUGCCUUACAAAUUUCGAGGAAAAUUAGCAAACGUUUUAUAGUAUUGAUAAUUUCAGAUAUUGUAAGUUUGAGUACCCUGUGAAAAUUUGUUUUUCAGCCAACAAAACAUUAACAUAAAAUGUCGUUUAUAUGAGUUCACUUUUACAAACGGAUAAAAUGAAUUUAAUAAAUUGGUAUAAAAUGAACACCUCCCUAUUUUCAUGAAUAAAGUUUCACUCACAUGAGACAGCAUCCACCAGAUGAACACGAGUACAUCUAGCGCUAACACGAACUCCACCUACGUGUUUCGUCCUGAUUAAAAUUAUUACUGCCCGCCACAAUGCAGAAUCAGUUGCUGUUCGAGGCUGACUGUGUUCGGUUGUGUCUGGAAAAUAAACGAACGGAAGAAGACGUGGAACGAGAUAAUGGAAAGGAGAAGCCGCAGCGAUUGACAUAAUAUGUAAUUAUCCUACCAUAUCGCGUCAAUGAAAGAGGGUUGAGAAAAAAUUUAAAGAAUUUGAGAGAGUCUGCGCAUUUUCAACAUUUACUCAAUUCAAUGUGUCAGCGUGUAAGGAAUAGGAGUGGAAGGGGAAAGUGCAAUGAGGAAGUGAUGAGCAAAUGCAUGGUGUUUGCAUAUACAUAUUUUAUAUACUACUUGAUUUGAAUGCUACUACUACGUUAUGCGAGUAUAUAUGUACAUGUGUGAGUACCAUGUGGAGUGUAGUGAUAACGACAGAGUUCAUACGUCGUUAAAUAGUGAAAAUAAAAAACAAAAAGGUACAUAAAGCGUACAGCGUACAGUGAAUAAAAUGGACUCGAGUCCCCACUGAUAUAUCACUGCAAGUGUAGUGAAGAAUUUAAAAAAUGAAGAAAUAUUACAAGUAAAAAGGCAUAAAGUGGAAAAAACGAUGCAUGAAAACCGACGCUCCAGCAUCAGCGCGAAAGGCAACGAAUGGAAGUCAUAGACACAACUUAAGUUAGAAAUCGAAUGUGCGUGUGUUAAUUAAAGCAAACUGGAAGUAAAAGAUAGUACUUGUGUAAAUAAGAUAUAUAAAAUAAAAAAUAUUUAAGUGCAUGUAUCAGUGUAUACAGCAGAGAUGGAAUAUUAGCUUCAAAUAUGGUUAAAAAGCAACUACUUGGCUUGGUAAAGAGGUGAUCCAAGCAUAUGGAUGGAUAAUUGCUCAUGCACUUACACAAUAUCUCUAGAUGUACUAGACGUAUUAAGUUCGUUUCAUUGCUUAACUUUCCAACGAAAGUUCUCCAUAAAAUAAGGAUGCAAGCAAUGGAAAAUUAUGUUCAACGAACACUCCCAAAGUGAAGUUGUUUAAGCAACACAUUUCUAUAUCGUUAUAUGGCUCAAUUCAUUAAAAUAUAAGAACACCAAUGGCAAGGAGAUGGAACCAUGUUAAGCGGCAUUAAGCAGUAUUGUCACAGAAAUACUUACCAAGAUGUGUUAAAAAUGUAAUGGAAAGGUCAAUUCUUCAUAAAAAUGGGGUUACAUUGCCUUUUUAAGGCUAUAUUGAUCGUAUAUGCCAUUAAAGCUGAUUUUAGCUUAAUUGCAAAUGGACUAGAUUUGCAAGGACCGAUAUUUCUACACGAGCCACUGCAUCGCAUUGAAUUUUCAAAUAAUACAGGCGGCUUAAUAGAAUGCUCUGGACAUGGAAGCCCUCCACCAGAGGUGGAAUGGACUCCAAUACCUCCCCAACAGGACAUGGUCUUUACGCUCUCCAAUGGUAGCCUCAUGUUUUAUCCUUUUUCAGCAGAAAAGUACAGGCAUGAAGUACAUGCUACAGUUUACAGAUGUAAAUUACGAAAUCUUGUCGGCACGAUACUGAGCAGGGAGGUGCAUGUGCGUGGAGUUGUCAACCAAAAAUAUACAGUGCAAGUUCAUGAUGAAUAUGUGAUGACUGGCAACACGGCUGUAUUAAAGUGCCAGGUGCCUAGCUACAUGUCUGAGUUUGUUAUGGUGACAGCUUGGGUUCAAGACACUGGCAUGCAUCUCUAUCCUAAUACAGAUAUAGGUGGAAAAUAUACAGUGCUAUCAAAUGGCGAACUUUAUAUAAAUAACGCGGGGACAAAUGACGCAUUUAAGAGUUACACCUGUCGCACUGUGAAUCGACUAACAGGUGAAAUUCAAAUAUCUACAUAUCCUGGACGAAUCAUUGUCACAGAACCAAAAGGUAUGGUGCAACCGCGCAUAAACGUCGAAAAGCACUCACUUCGACAUGUUAUGCUUAAUGGACAAACAACGUUGCCUUGUAUCGCUCAAGGUCAUCCUGUGCCAACUUAUCGCUGGUUCAAGGAGGAAAACGAGCAACUAUUGCCACUGCAGCUAAGUGAGCGCAUUACAAUCGUUUCUGCAGGAUUGUUAAAGAUUGCGAAGGCCCGUCUAGAAGAUAGUGGAAAAUAUCUUUGUUGGGUUAACAACACUGCCGGUGAGGAAACAAUUCAAGUAUCAUUAACAGUAACUGCACCCUUAACAGCUCAUCUGCAGCCUCAGGUACAAACAGUAGAUGUUGACAAGGAUGCGCAAUUUCAAUGUAUAGUGUCCGGACAUCCGGUGCAUGAUAUCAAUUGGUUACAUGACGGAAAACCAAUACUGCGUGAUAAUCGAGUAGAGAUACUAACAGACCCGCCAAGACUGAUAAUUAAGAAAGUGCAAAAGGAUGAUCCUGGGAUGUAUCAGUGCUUUGUUUCUAAUGAGUGGGAGCAGAUUCAGUCGACAGCUGAGCUACAAUUGGGAGAUGCAUCUCCAGAAUUACUUUAUUGGUUUUCGGAGCAAACAUUGCAACCCGGACCCACUGUGUCGUUAAAGUGCGUAGCAACUGGAAAUCCUUUACCGCAAUUCACAUGGUCACUCGAUGGAUUCCCGAUUCCGGACAACUCUCGAUUUUUGGUUGGUCAAUAUGUAACCAUUCAUGAUGACGUUAUAAGUCACGUGAACAUAUCGAACGUCAAAGAGGAAGAUGGUGGCGAAUACGCUUGUACAGCACAAAAUUCAAUUGGGAAAGUAUCUCAUAGUGCUAAGGUGAAUAUCUACGGGCUUCCAUUUAUACGAGAAAUGCCAAAAAUUACUGGCAUAUCAGGGUCAGAUUUAACAGUGACGUGCCCUGUAGCUGGUUAUCCGAUAGAUAAAAUUCAUUGGGAGCGUGAUGGUCAAACACUACCUAUAAAUCGCAGGCAGCGCGCAUACAACAACGGUACUCUAAUAAUAGAGCAACUGCAGCGACUAGAGGAUGCAGGCACUUACACAUGCAUGGCUCAAAAUAAGCAGAAGCAAACGUCACGCCGCAACGUGGAAAUACAAGUUCUAGUUCCCCCAAAAAUAAUGCCAAUUCAAGCAAUGACGAAUAUGUUGCGUGAAGGAAUGCGGGCCGCGAUUUCAUGUCAAAUACUGGAGGGAGAUUUGCCAGUGAGUUUUCGAUGGGAGCGUAGUGGAAAACCAUUAAUAGGAACAGGGAAUGAGGUAUUUCGUCGAUUAGAUGAAUACUCUGCCAGUUUAGUGAUAGAACAUAUUACCUCUGAGCACUCGGGCAACUAUACAUGUAUUGCCAGUAAUGUUGCCGGAUUGGAACGCUUCACAGUGCCGCUUACAGUUAAUGUCCCUCCAAAGUGGAUAUUGGAGCCAAAAGACUCCAGCGCGCAGGCUGGACAAGAUGUUUUACUUCAUUGUCAGUCCUCUGGUUAUCCGAAACCAACAAUUACAUGGAAAAAGGCAAUUGGUCCGACUCCGGGAGAAUAUAAAGACUUUUUAUAUGAACCUACUGUACAACUCUUUCCGAAUGGUACGAUAUACUUUAAGAAGAUAAACAAGGAUUCACAGGGUCACUUUCUCUGUGAGUCAAAAAACAACAUCGGUUCAGGUGUCAGCAAAGUAAUUUUUCUAAAAGUGAACGUACCCGCUCACUUUCAAACCAAAACUAAGCAGAUUUCAGUUGCGAAAGGAAAACAGGUGCACAUUCAAUGUAAUGUUCAGGGUGAUAAUCCUAUCGACAUCAAAUGGAAAAUACAUGCAACACAACAAUAUUUGGAUGAAUCACUCGAUUCCAGGUACACAAUUCGAGAUCAGAUAUUAGAUGAUGGGAUGGUCUCAGAAUUAGGCAUUUCACAUACAUAUCGGCAAGAUACUGGUAUUUAUAUAUGUCAAGCUAGCAAUGCAUUUGGUCAGGAUGAAAUGUCGAUUCAGUUAAUUGUACAGGAAGUUCCAGAGCAACCGAAAAAUCUGCGUAUUAACUCACAACAAUCCCGCAGUCUGCAACUUACAUGGAGUCAGCCCUUCGCUGGAAACAGUCCAAUCGAAGGAUAUCAUAUAUAUUAUAAACAAAUUUCUGAUAUUUGGCAAAAUGCAGAGCAUAUCGCGAUCACCGGUGGACAAACGGUUAUUAAUAUACAAAACUUGCGUCCAGCUAAAGCAUACCAUUUUCGGAUGACUUCUGAGAAUAAAUUGGGUGCGUCCGAGUAUUCGGAGGUCGUACAAGUAACCACACUGGAGGAAGUUCCUUCGGGACCACCGUUGAAUGUGAGAGCAGAGGCAAAAUGUUCGACUGAGAUAUCGGUCACAUGGGAUGCGCCAGAACGCGAUCAUUGGAACGGAAUAUUGUUAGGUUACUAUGUUGGAUAUCAGAUGUCGUUGUCACCUGAAGACAAAGAAGUGAAUCCUACUCAAGGGUUUAGCUUUAAAACUGUGGAAGUGCGCUCACAUUUUGGAGGGGAAACUGUGUUGAGUAAUUUAAAUAAAUAUACUCAGUAUCAUGUUAUUGUACAAGCGUACACUAGUCAGGGUAGUGGGCCACCGAGCAGAGAGAUUGCAGUGCAAACAAUGGAAGAUGUGCCUUCUUCAUCUCCAGAGAGUCCUCAAUGCGACGUGCUUGGAUCAACUUCAAUUUAUAUAACAUGGUCACCACCAGAUGUUGACGGACAAAAUGGCAAGAUCAAAGGAUAUAAAGUAUUUUAUAUAUCUGUAAAUGAAUUAUACGAAACGGAUCCCGACGUUGUGAAGUCAACCAAUCAAUAUGUUACGAUAGAAAAUUUACGCAAGUAUACCAAUUAUACGGUUUGGGUACUCGCAUAUACCAAGAUUGGAGACGGUACGAAAACGAAGCCAUUUCACUGUCGUACAUAUGAGGAUGUACCUUCGGCGCCACAGGCUAUCAAAGCGAUUCCUGCAUCCAGCACAAAAAUAAUUAUUUCUUGGCUGCCACCAGAAUUUCCUAAUGGAGAUAUUACUGGCUACACUUUCUAUAUGUCCAUGCUGGAGGGUGGUCGUGAAGAAGGCACUCACAAACGUAUACUUGGCCCCUUUGUUGAAAUGCACGAGACUCAACGCACACAAGAAUCUGCCACUUAUCAAUUCUGGCUAACAGCGUCUACAAAGAUUGGUGAGGGUGAAAAAACACAAGUUGUUACUGUGCCUCCGAACAACAAAGUCCCCGCUCGCAUUGUAUCUUUUAGUCAGCGUUUAAUAAGUCCCUGGAAGGAGCAUCUUGAAUUACCUUGCCUCAAAGUAGGUUCCCCAGCGCCUGUCACAAUUUGGAGGCAAGAUGGUCAUAACAUGGAUACGAGUUCACGCAAGGUUAUUGCGAAGAAUGGCACUCUUUAUAUACGUGAAUGCCAGUCCAGCGACGCUGGUAAUUAUACGUGCAGUGUCGAGAAUACAUGGGGAAAAGAUGAGAUUAUCUAUAACAUUGUUAUAAAAGUACCACCAGAAGCACCCAACCUUACGGUGGUGAAUAGUUAUACAGAUAGUUUACAUCUUGAAUGGAUGGACAAUAGUCACGGUGGAAGCCCUAUUCUUGGUUAUGUGAUAAAUUAUAAACGAGAAAAUGGUGACUGGGAAGAAUUGCAAGUGGAUGCUAAAACUAACUCACAUUUAUUAACAAAUUUAUGGUGCGGGACACGUUAUCAACUCUAUAUAACUGCUUACAACAAGAUAGGUACGGGGUUACCAUGUGACAUUGUGAAUUCCUACACGAAAGGAAAUCCACCAGUGCAACCGAAACAUUCUCAAAUGAUUACGAACAAUUCGACCAGUGUCACAUGCUGGCUGGACUCAUGGGGCGAUGGAGGGUGUGGAAUUUUAUACUUCAUGAUUGAAUCUAGGUUAUUUGGGAGAUCCCAAUGGAAUGUUAUUUCAAAUCAUAUUCCUCCGACUGAACGCAUUUAUACGGUUAGUGAUUUAGUUCCUGGCACUAAAUAUCAACUAAAAGUUACGGCUCACAAUAAUGCUGGCUCUACAACCGCAGUUUACAAUUUUACAACGCUUUCGCCACAAGGAGUUAUAUAUUCAACAGAUCAUGGGAAUCCUGUAUCUCAUAUGAGUGAUGGUCCCUUUUAUGCGAACUUUAAGGUGCUACUUCCUGUAUGCCUUUCAAUGUUUAUGCUAUUAGGUAUAAUAGCAGCUGUGCUACUUAUUCGCAAACGAAAAAUUGACAAUCAAGCGCGUUUGGCUUCUUCCUCAAUGUCCGAGUCCCCAUCUAUGGCCAACUUGCAAAAUAAACAAAAUCGAGAUCAGCAGUACUUGGCCGUUCGUUGCAACCCUGGUAGUGGACCAACUCGUGGUUCGCAUUCUAACGACUCAGGUAGUUUUGGCAAAGCUGAAGGCAAUGAAUACAUAGAAGAUAUCUGUCCAUAUGCAACAUUCCAACUAAAUAAACAAACAUACAGCGAAAGCUCGUAUAGCGGAAAUGUAUACAGUGGACCAUACCACUCUGUGCGAGGUUCAUUUGUGUAUCACGAUGUAAAGCCAGAUAAUUAUCAUUCGAAAGAGCCGGAGUAUACAAAGGUGCGUCGGAAAGUAGGUCGUUUACGUGAUCCGCAUUCCGAAAGUCAAGAAUCGGACAAUCCAGGUUCAACAGAUUCCGAAGUUAGGAAAAUCCUAACUCUUCACAUACCAAUUACAGAAUAUGACACAUUAGGAUCCGAGUCCGACAACGAUGUAUCUACCCGAGCAAUCAACUCUGCGAAGUAUCGUACUCAACGUGAUACUCAAGAUGAAACAUCUUCAUCGUCCGAAACAACACCGACAAGUUUAUCGAGGAAAUCGAAACCCCCAUUUGUAGCUCGCAAGAGCGGAAAAUCAGGCACAAGUGGCAAACGCCAUGUGCGAAGCUCCAGCGGUUAUUCAAGUCACAACGAAGAAACUACGUUUAGCAUAUCCAACUAUCCACAAAAUUAUCAGGACCAUAUAAAUCCACCAGCGCGGUUUUCUGACUCUAAUGACAAGUCCAAAGCUCAAACUUCACCUCGGGUACGCGGCAAUCAAAAACUACAAAGAGAAGCCUUUCAAAUUAAUGUGUAACAACAACCGACUAAAACAGUGCUGUUAUACGAAGAGAAAUAUACAUAGUGAACAUUGCCAAAUAUUUACCAAAUCGGAAUGUGAAUCUUCUUUACAUACUUCUUAAGGUCACCUAAUAAAACGAAAUUCUAUUUUGUAAUUUUUUCUCGGUUUUUAACCCGUAUUUCUCAAUUUCCGUUAUUAUAUAAUAUAAUAUUAUAGAUUAGAAAAUUUAAAAACAAUUUAGAACUCAUUUAAUUACAUAUGUACAAAAAAUAACAAAAGUUUGAUAAUUAUUUUUAAAAAUAUCCUGAACUUAUAUUACAGACUAUAUCACUUAUAUACACAUAUACAAUAAAAAUAAUGGUUACGUCAAAUGUUUAAGUGAAAAUGCGACAGUGUAUAUAAUAGUAUUACAUAUGUAUGCAAUAAGUCAAUGUCAUUCUUAAUAUUUAUUUUAGUUUUAAUUACAAGAAAAUCUAAUUACGCAAAUGCAUAUACAUAUAUAUUCUGGAUAACACAAACGAAUUUUCUGUUAAGCAAAUGUUUUCAUUUAAUCAGCUCAUAGUGAACAACUUUUUGUAUAAGCUCGAUUCAUUGAAAAUGGAUAAAAAUAAAUAUAAAUCACAAAAAGA